AAUAACUUCAUUUGUGUAUGUACGACAUUCAUAAGGCAGAUGGUUACUCAAAGUAUAGUACAGUGGUAUAGUCUACACACUCUACAGUAAUCGGAUCAAUGCUACGGAACUGGUAUUCCAUUCCGAGGAAAUUUAGACUUUGUCGAACAUGGAAUUGUUCACAGCUUUGAGCUUAUUCAGCCGACAAAAGUACGAGGCGUGCGCGACGAUAUGUACGGAUUUAUUGAGGAAAAAUCCGCUGGAUCAGUCAUGACAGAUGACUUUGUUACCAGGCCGUGUGGGUCCUGAAAAUGCGUGCCUUAACGCUGCAAGUUUACGUAGACGACAUCGAGGGCGAGGAAGAAGGAAUCGCGGAAACUCUAUUAGACAAUUAUGCGAUAUCGACGAUGCCUAGACCAGGAACUUCCUUGAAAAAUCCUGGCACCAGUUACACCGGUCAGGGAGUGCGACCUAAAUCUCAAUCCGGCAGACCUGUUACCGGGGUAGUACGACCUGCCACUCAAGCGGCGAUGUCCCAGUCGAUUGAGCAAGCAUUAAGAACACCGAGAACAGCAAUGACUGCCAGGCCAAUUACAGCAAGCUCAGGUCGCAGCGUUAGACUUGGUACAGCCUCGAUGUUGACAGAGCCCGGUGGUCCUUUUAUCCAACUAUCGCGAUUGAAUGUAACUAAAUACGCUAAUCAGCAAAGCAUAGCAAAACCAUUGUUCGAAUAUAUAUAUUAUCACGAACAUGAUGCGAGAUACGCGCUGGACUUGGCCGUUCAAGCAACGCAGGUCUGUCAGUACAAAGAUUGGUGGUGGAAAGUUCAGUUAGGAAAAUGUUAUUACACCUUGGGACUGGUGAGAGAUGCGGAGCAACAGUUCAAGUCAGCGUUGAAGGAUCAUCGAAGCAUCGAAACAAUCUUACGGCUGAUCAGAGUUUACAUUAGACUUGAUCAGCCAGUGGCUGCACUAGACACAUGCAAAAAGGGCCUCGAGUACUUCGCGAACGACGUUACGAUCCUCACAGAAAUGGGCCGCAUAUUCGAGGGUCUGAAUAAUGCUACGAUGUCUAUGAAGUAUUACAAAAUGAUCGCGCAGGAGGACGCUUCUCAUACCGAGGCGAUCGCCAGUAUAGGCAUGCAUCAUUUUUACAAUGAUCAACCAGAGCUAGCCUUGCGUUAUUACAGGCGUCUCUUGCAAAUGGGUGUGCAUAAUGCUGAGUUAUUUACCAAUCUCGGGCUUUGUUGUUUCUACGCUCAGCAAUAUGAUCAUACCAUAUCGUGCUUCGAAAGAGCAUUAGGUCUUGCAACCGAUGAGAACGUGGCUGAUGUGUGGUACAACAUUUCUCACAUUGCUAUCGUAUGUACAUCUUAUUUCUUAAUUUUAAUAUACAAGUUAUAUAAGGAACGGAUGCGAUUGCAGACGCUGGGUGAUAUAAUAAUGGCUGAAGAGUGUUUGAGGUUGGCUAUCGCAAGCGACAACAGGCACGCUUUGGCUUAUAAUAAUCUGGGCGUGAUAGAGAUGCGUAACGGGAAUGUUACCGCGGCGAGAACGUAUUUCCAUGCAGCGGCCAACAUUGCUAGUUACGUAUACGAGGCGCACUUUAACAGCGCGCACUUAGCCUACGAGGUUGGAGACUUGCAAACGAGUUAUCUUGCAGUACAAAAGUCGUUGAGCGCGUAUCCCGGACAUUAUGAUAGUAAGACUCUUUUCCGGAAAUUGCAAAGAUACUUCUCACACAUAUAAAAUGAACAACACAAGAGUUUUUUUAUAUUUUACACUAUACUAUUUUAUUGUAACAUAUAGUUUAAAUUGCGUAAUUCUAUGUACAUAAUAUACAAAAGGAUAAAAAUUAUUAUUCGAGCUUCUGUACCGCCUGAUUUUAAUAUUACAAUUAAAAUCGGAAUCUGAUAAAAAAUGAUAAUCAUUAAAAUUUAUGGAAGAUUUACAGGAAAUAUUGAGAUGCAACAGUCUAGAAUUAACAACAGUGUAUUUGAUCGAUUAUUUCGUGUUUUUCUUAUCAAGUCCAUAUAAAUAUAUACUAAUCUGACAAUUUUUCCAUUCGUGAAGAAAGAAUACAUAUUUUUGUACCGGCAAUAAAUUUGUCUCAAUUGUAGCGCGUGCAUUUAGUGAGAUUAAAUAUAAUUACAAGUCUCAUAAUUGACGUAUUGAAUGUUCUAAGAAGAUAAUAAAUACUUAUCUACCUA